GUUCAGCAUAGAUGAAGGCCAGACUUGGAGUACACAUAAUUUUACCAGCACUUCAGUCUUCGUAGAUGGAUUACUUAGUGAACCUGGAGAUGAGACACUGGUCAUGACAGUCUUUGGACAUAUUAGCUACCGUUCAGACUGGGAACUGGUGAAGGUGGACUUCAGACCAUCCUUUCCCAGGGAGUGCACUGAUGAUGACUAUGAGUCCUGGGAGCUCACAAAUCUACAGGGUGAUCGUUGCAUCAUGGGCCAGCAGAGGAGCUUUCGGAAGAGGAAGAUUUCAUCAUGGUGCAUUAAAGGGAGAAGUUUCACAUCAGCUCUCACAUCCAAAGUUUGUGAAUGCGUGAACUCUGAUUUCUUAUGUGAUUAUGGGUUUGAGCGCUCUGCACUUCUGAAGUCGGAGUCUAGCAAGUGCUUUGCUGACUUUUGGUUUAACCCAGAAGCACCUCCUGAAGACUGCGUGCUGGGGCAGGCGUACACCAGCAGCACUGGGUAUAGGAAAGUUGUUUCUAAUGUGUGUGAAGGUGGUGUAGACCUGCAGCAGAACUUAGCACAGCAUAUGUGUCCAUUGAUUGCUCCCAAGGGACUUCAGAUCAGCAUCAGAGAAGAAAGCCUGGCUGUUAAGCCUGGAGAAGACAUCACGUUCGUCGUCAGACAAGAGCAGGGUGAUAUAUUGAAUACCAAAUACCAGGUAGAUCUUGGAGAUGGCUUUAAGGCGAUAUAUGUGAACCUUACGAUGACUGGAGAACCCAUCCGUCACCGCUAUGAGAAUCCUGGGAUUUACCGUGUCUCAGUGAAGGCUGAGAAUGUGGCUGGGCAUGAUGAGGCUGUGGUGUUCGUCCAAGUCAACUCUCCACUGCAGGCUUUAAAUUUAGAAGUGGUUCCAGUUGUUGGGAGAAACCAGGAGGUGAAUCUGACAGCCAUCAUACUGCCUAAGAACCCUAAUUUGACAGUCUUCUACUGGUGGAUAGGAAGCAAUCUUCAGCCACUCCUUACAUUGGACAAUUUUCUGGUGACAAAGUUUGCUGAGACAGGUGACGUCAGAGUUACAGUGCAGGCUUCCUGUGGGAGCUCCAUGCUUCAGGACUCGAAAGUUGUCCACGUUUUUGAUCAUUUUCAUGUUCUUCCUCUGAAGUUUACUAAGCAUCUGGACAUGUACAACCCCGACAUACCGGAGUGGAGGGAAGACAUAGGGCGGGUAGUAACGCGACUUCUUGCAAAGGAAACCAAUAUACCCGAAGAAACACUCAUGACAGUCGUGAAACCUGGUCUGCCCACAACUGCUGACUUACAUGUGCUACUACCAGCAAACCAACCAAAAAGGAAGAGAAGUGUAACUAGUGAUAAGAGAAUAGCGGCUAUAAAGCAGGCCUUGAAUGCACACAACAUCAGUUUCUUUCUGAGGGGAGGAUACUGGGUCUUAGUGACUUUAGCUGACUCCGGUUCAGACUCUCAGAGGAUUGGAGGAGGCAGUGGCUACUGGGCUAUUGUGGUUCUCUUUGUUAUCUGUCUAGUUGCAGUUGGGGCUUUCAUCCUCUACAAGUUCAAAAGGAAACUGCCAGGCAGAAAUGUCUAUGCCCAGAUGCACAACGAAAAGGAGCAGGAGAUGACGAGCCCUGUUAAUCAUAGUGAGGACACCCAGAACAUCAUCCAGGGUGAGGAGUUUAUUGAUGAUGAUCUGGACUCUCAAACACUAGGUAACGCAAGAGUGACUCCUUCUGGGAGAAGUGGCAACUUGAACAGCUACAGAGUUCCCCUAUUGCUGAUGCCGGUCAGUGUCCAGUCCCAGGCAAUCACUCAGGCGUGGUUUUGA